AUGGCGCCGAAGAGCCAGAGGGGUCAGGGAAAGCUGCUGCGCCGCGUGCUCCUGGAGCCAAACUCUCGCCGCCUGCUGGCCUCCGCCGCCCUGCGCCUCCCCUGGCUGCUGCGCUGUGUCCCAAGGCCGCCCUACCACAAGGAGGUGCAAGACGCACCGCUGGACUAUGACAGCCUGGAUGCGUGGAGUGCCCAUCCACACCGGCCACCGGGGCAGCGGGCCGUGGAGGACGUGAACCACGUCGCCACACCCGUGGGCACGGCUGCCGUGGAGCGGCCGCCUCCGGCCGCCGAUCGCCCCUGCGACUGCUUCUUUGUGCACGACACCUGCUUGACCAUGCAGGAGUCCAUGCCAUUUCUGGGCGAAACGGCGCCCAGAUGGAAUGCCCCGGUCCAGGACCUGCUCCCUGAGCUGACGGCCAAGGUUAAUGAGCAGGUUGACCUCCGCGUGGCGGCAGGCGCAGCCCCUUUCAACCGCCUUUGCCGAGUCUACGCGCCGCGGUACCGGCAGGCGAACGUGGUGGCUUUGGCACUCUACAUGCCUCCCUCCCCAGCCCAGCGCUGGGAGGACUUGCGGGGUGCCAUCGAUCUCGCAUACCAGGACGUCGCUGCUGCAUUCGUGCGCUUUGUGGAGGACCCUGACAACUCCGGAAGGCCCUUCUUCCUGGUGGGGCACAGCCAGGGAACAAUGCACCUCAUGAGAUUGGUGCAGGAAGAGGUGGAGCCCUAUCCCGACAGAAGGGACCGCUUUGUCCAUGGGUAUUUGGCGGGUCAGACGGUGCCGUUGCGACUCUUCCAGUCUCUCCGCCACGUGCGGCCGAGCGUCCGGGCGACGGAUCUUUGCUCUGUAUCUAGCUGGAGGACGGGUGCCACACACCAUCACGUUAUGGUGCACUGCGGGAUGAUCUUCCAUUCGGGAGCUGGUUGGCAACCCCGCUCUGGCAAAAGCCUGGCCACCAAUCCAGUGACUUGGGAGGAGGGCCCUGGCAACAGGGAGUCCCAUGCGCAAGAGUACCUUGGGGCUGCCUUUCCCAUCCCUGAGAAUCUCGACCCAUGGCAGAGCGAAGGGCUCGUGUCGGGCGUCGCGCUGCGUUUUGGGCGCCAGGUGGCGGCGCAGAAGGCAACCCUUGGGGCGCGCUUGCAGGCGCUAAGCCCGGUCGAUUGUGGAGCAGUCACAGUAAAGGUUGACGAGAGCCGUGUGACCCGCGUGCCCAAGCUUCCCAGCAACUCGCUGUUCGCUGUGACAGAGCAUGACUGGCUCAUGUACCACGACUUGGACAUCGCAUUGUUCCAUGGCAAUCUCCAGGCCAAUGCCGAAAACCGGCACCAUGCCUGGCAAAUGCGCGGCCGUAGUCGGAUGUAA